UAUGAUGACUUAGCCAUUCCAGUUGCUCAUAUCCUUUCUCAUUCUCACAAACCUUAACGACAAGUUUCUUAUCUUCCCCCAUGGAAGGAAUUCCUAAACAUAUUAUUACAAAAUUCAACUUCUUCACAGAUAGCCCGAGAUCACCUCUUCAACCUCCCACAUAUGGGAAUUUGAUUACUCUUCUUAGCAUUGAUGGAGGGGGUAUCAGAGGGCUUAUUCCUGGAACUAUACUUGCUUUUUUAGAGUCUCAGCUUCAGAAGCUGGAUGGUGAGCAAGCGAGAUUGGCUGAUUAUUUUGAUAUUAUUUCUGGGACGAGCACUGGUGGCCUCGUCACUGCCAUGCUAACUACCCCAGAUCCCAAAAAAGAGAAUCGCCCCCUUUUUGCUGCCAAAGAUAUCAAUGAGUUCUACCUUGAACACUGCCCUAAAAUCUUUCCUCAAAAUACUUCUCCCUUUGCACCAGCUGCAAAUGUGGUCAAAUCACUAAUGGGACCAAAAUAUGACGGUAAAUAUCUUCAUGAUAUUGUGAGGGAAAAGCUGGGAGAAACUAAAUUGCACCAGACCUUGACUAACGUUGUGAUCCCAACUUUUGACAUCAAGCAACUCCAGCCAAGAAUAUUCUCCACCUAUGAGGUAAAGAGCGAUCCUUGCACCGAUGCUUUACUGUCGGAUAUUUGCAUUGCAACUUCAGCAGCUCCAACUUACCUUCCUGCCCAUCAUUUUCAAACCCAAGAUUCCACUGGCAAAACAAAAGAAUUCAACCUUAUCGAUGGAGGGGUUGCUGCUAAUAACCCGACUUUAGUGGCUAUGAACGAAGUGACUAAAGAAAUACUUCGAGGGAAUCCCGAAUUUUUUCCAAUAAAGCCCACUGACUACGCUCGGUUCCUGGUUGUAUCUUUGGGGACUGGUUCACCCAAAUCAGAAGGGAAGUACCAUGCUAAUAUGGCAGCUAAAUGGGGAGUUUUGGGAUGGUUGACCAGUGAGCAUUCUACUCCUUUGGUGGAUAUUUUCAUGCAAGCAAGCAGUGACAUGGUCGACUUUCAUAUUGCCACAGUUUUUCAAGCCCUUCAAUCUGAAAACAGUUAUCUCCGAAUUCAGGAUGAUACACUCUCUCAGCAAAUAUCAUCUGUGGAUAUUGCUACCAAGGAAAACCUUGAGAAUCUUGUGAAAGUCGGAGAAGAAUUGCUAAAUAAGUCUGUUUCCAGAGUGAAUUUGGAGAAUGGUCAAUUCGAACCAGCUGGCAAGGUAACCAAUGGAGAGGCUCUCAUCAGAUUAGCAGCAGUUCUUUCCAAGGAGAAGCAGCUUCGUGAGAUGAGAUCACCCCUUGGAAAACUUGCGAUGAAGAAAAAUGAAGAAUGCGCUCACGUUAAUAACACUACCACAUAAUCUAUUUAGUUUUGAAAGAAGAUAGGUCUUAAAUGCAAAGUCAUGAAGAAUUGCUAGUAGCAAUAAUAACUAUGUUGACCUGUAGACGUUAAUCCAUCUACAUAAGCCAAAUUAAGCUUUAUAUGUUUUAUCUAGUAAUUCAUCGUGGCAUUUUAUCGAAUUUGGUGUCAACUAUCGAAAACAACUUGGCUUGUUUUCUGUGUUCGUUUUUAGUAAAUAUAAAAUAAUAUUGUUUUCGUUUUUA